GCCCGAGGAAAGGAAGGCGCAGGCAGUGGAGGCGCCAGGUCAGCCAUGGCGGGGCAGCGAGGCGGGGAGCCAGCGAAUUACGUCUCUCGCCUCUCGGCAUGGGCGGACGAGCACCUCACCCUCGUCCGGGUAGGAGCAGUGGCGAGGGAGGGAGCCGGUUGGCGCCUCGGCCAGGCGCGCUUGCUUGCCUUCGCCCUUAGGUUUUUGGGAAUUGGCUGAAACGAAAAGAGAACAUCAGCACUGGAAUGGCGAUAGCUGGAGUAAUUUUACUUGCAAAGAGUGUAAAAUUGACAACCAAAUUCACAACUGCUAUGGAAAUACCAGUGGAAUUUAUAGAGAAGAAUGUUAAGUUGCGGGGACGGUUGCACCGAAUAAGUGAACAAGGAUUGGAGAUUGAGCAUGUUCCCAUUACCCUUCCAAUCAUUUCAUCUUUGCAGAGAAGAUGGAAUUCGGAUGGUUUAUUGCUGGUCAGACUUGCUGGUGUGGAGCUAACACCAGAUGGCACGGUCUGGUUGAAAGAAGAGGUAAAACCCCCACAGAUGAUGUGGUUCCAACUUCUGGGAAGGAAGGACUCGGAGCUCGAUUGCCUUGUGGUAGUAAGUAAGGGUAGAUUUUCCAGCAUCUGCCUAAAUGAAGAAAUCCUGAGACGAGGGCUUGGCAAGACAGUCCGUAUCGACGGACUAGCUCACGAAUCUCGGAUAUACUGGAAACUCCACAAGAGGCUCCUUCGAGCUGAAUUGAAAGCCGUGAGGAAAAACAAAGGAAUCUGGAAAGAAGCAACGUUAAUUGAGAAACUGAAAGAGCGUAUAAGAAACAACAGAUACAUGCAGAAGUUAAAACAAUUUGCAACCUGGCUAAGCAUCCGCUUCUAAAAUCGAUGGGUUUGUAGAGGGGGAAGAACACACACACCAGAUGGAGAAGGAUGCAACACUGUCAGAAUAUCACAACUAAUGCCUGGCCUUCUGUUGGUGGCUUCUGGCUAAGGGGAAGAAAACAAAAACAUCACAGAACAUGUUUCUGGAGGAGAUAGAUGCACAUUGCGUAUUCAGAUGUUGGUUUAAUUCAGAUGUAAGUUGUCCAAAAAUAUAAAAACAAAGAGACCCAAAUCUAGGCCAUGUAACAUUCCAGCAAGAGAAUAAAACUGAAAGCUUGCUUCAUAGAGGGAAAUACUGGAAUUAACUGGGGUAUGUCUCAUCCAUGCAUGUGGCUGCUGUCAGUCCUUCCCUAAUUGUGGAGAACCUGAACAUAGCUGCCAAGUUAUCCCUUUUUUUAAGGGAUUUUCCCUUAUGCUGAAUAGGCUUCCUCGCGAGAAAAGGGAAAACUUGGCAGCUAUGAACCUGAAUUGGGCAGCAGAGUGGAGAAGCUUUUUUCCCCCUGUGAGGUUGUGAGUGGAACAUAGGCUCAGUUCCCAGGAGUGGGAGCCACCGUUCUUAAUCAGCUAGUUAGUGCUGAUUUAUUUCUUCUGCUGCAUCAGCCUGUGAUGAGGUGGUAAUGUACUGAACAGUAACUUGAAUUCCUAAAUGCUCUUUUGGGGUAAAUUUAGUUCACGGCAUCAGCAUGAGCCUAACACCUUUGCUGUAAACUGAUGCAAUUUGGCAUUGGUGCUGGUUGCCUGCCAUCAACUGAAAAUGUGGGCAUUUGCCACCAGUGGGCUCCAUAGUCUCUGUUCCCAGGGAUAUCGCAAGUGUAUGUUGUCAUACAUUGUACCAUGUACGAGCUUUAAAAAUCGGAAUCGCAGUUCUUGGUUUUUGUCCCUGGGAAUAUAGCAGGACUGUUCUAGAAGAAGUUGCUCUCACUUACUUGACUCUGGUUGUAUUCUGAGGUUUGGUUCUAAUGCAGCUGAUGAGUGGAGUACUGCACCAUGUUCUAUGCUGUCUUUGUGAGUUGUGAUUGGCUGAAAUCCACCGAACCAUGUGGGGAAAUGGCUUCUCAUGAACAGCUUCCCAUCCUCUACUGAGCAGGGCCUACAUGGCAGCGUUACAAACCACUGCACAUAGUUGCGGCUUGCGUGAGUUAGGCCUUGGUUGGUUCCAUAUUCGCUGAACAGACUUAAAAGUAAAGUGGCACUGCUUACAUGGCUUUUGAACUGCUUUCUAAGGUUGCAGUGCCAAUUCUACUCACUUGCUUCGAAGUUCCAUUGAAAUGGAAAUUCAUUCCUGUAUGACCUUCGUUAUGUAUUCCUGCCAAGAUUAAUCGACAUGAUGAUCAUAAGAUCUGAGCACUUGACUCUUGUUUACUUUGGUGGAACAUUAUGUAUGCCUGUUUGUUCUGAACCAUUUAAUUUAUAUGCUUAGCUAGAAUUUGGCGGCCCGAUGAUAAGGCUACUAUUUUAAUAAUCUUGCUAAGCAAUCUAGAAUAUGAUAAUAUUGUACACGGCGGAUUAAACAGACUAGUAUUUCUCUUGUUGUCCUGUAUAAUUUUUGCAAAUUGCUCCCUUAAAAGGAGCAUGUCAUAUAUAUAGUCAUUAAAAGCUUAACAUACUUAAUUACGUAUUUUCUAUACCUUGAAGAAAUGAAGUGACCUUUUCCUCUCUUGGAAGUUCACUAAUAUCUUGUUCCUUAGCCGUAUAGCUGAAAGCAUCACAACUGAAAAUGUGGUUUGUAUGUGCACAGAGCAUCUGUUACCGGCUAUGACAGAUGGGCCUUGGUGCACACACACACAUUUUGAGAUUGCCAACAGUGAGGAAAGCCCUUUUUGUGAGCCUGGAUCUCAGGACCGUACCUUAUGUCUUGUUGAAAGGAUAAAUCAAUAGGCAGUGCCAUAUUACCCGAGACUGUCAUGGUUGUUUAUGACUCCUAAUAAUUAAUACUAUGUGCAUGGGUGUAUCAACAGAAGAAUGGAGAAAGAGUUGAGGAAUUGAGCUGGAUCCUUUCUCAGCUAAGAGGCAUUAAAUUGGAAAGAGGGGCCUUGGCGAGGGGCUUUGCAAACUGCGCUGAAGGAUAAUCAUGUCCUUCCUGGACAGUCCUUGGCUCUGCCACAAUGCCUUUUUAGUAUUUUUUUUUAAGGCAGUGCACAGGCUGUUCCUCCACGCCUCUCAGUGAACUAGGCUUUUCAUUGCAGUAGCUGUGCAGAUUGCAAAACACCCGUGCAGUAUGAAAGAACGAAUGAAAAUAUGCACCUGUGCAGUAUGUAAGGCUCUGCAGUUCUGUUGUGUCACCUUAACUCCUGAUGAAGACCUGAGCCUGUCUUUCAACAGAAGCUGAGCUUUCCCAAUAAGGAAGGGGGGGCAGCUGGGGGCAGGGUAUUCAGAGCCGGGAGUUUCCUUUCCCCUCUUCUACCCCCCCCCCCAAACUUUGCUCCCAAAAUACAAUCAGAACUGAUAACACUUAGGGGUUCUGUUGGGUAGCAUUUCUGGAUCAGAGCCCAAGGCUCAUUGUUUUUUGCUACUUAUGUCAUAUUCUGUUCUGUGUUUCCCCUCCCCCACCCCAUUUUUCUUUUUUCUUUUGCAUAGAAUAAAGUUGUGCUUUUACAUUACACUAAUGGAAUUUCAGGCAGAUGUGAUAAACUUUAAG